AAGUAAAUCCGUCCAUAUUAUUGUUCCGGACGCGAACUCCCUUAGGUGGUCAGUUCGUUGCGGCCAAAGGGAAGCUUCGAGCAAUAACACCCUCAAGGGUUUGCUCGAAUUCUAUUUUAUUAUUUAUCUGAAUCCGGAAUUGACUUUUCCAGAAAUAUGGCAUUUUUUUGAGAGAAAAUAUCUCAAGCUGGGCCUCAAAUCUAUCGAGUCUCCGUCCGCCUCCCUCAUACAUGGUAGGCCGUCGGAUAGAGCAUCAUGGCGGACUACACAAUGUACCAUGCCAUGGGUCAGGGAGUCGCUCCCAAUGAAGACCCUUCAAACCAGCAACAGAACCAAGCUGCACCACCGUACGAUCCUUCUGCCGGCCCCUCACCGGCCGGAUACCAGCAACCUGUAGGUCCCUACGGAUAUGGAAAUGUCCCCCCGAAUGCGCAGCCUGCCUACGGUGCCAUGCCGGCCUCGAAUUUCAGCCCGAGUCCAAGCCCAGGAUACAAUGCAGGCUCGGCUGGUGGGGUUGGAGCUCCAGCGGAGGAUCCAAUGUCAGGAUUAUCAUCACAGAUGGGUGGAUUGGGAAUUGCGGGAGACGCCAGAGGACACAAGAAGAAGCACAGACAUGCGUAUCAUGAUAUUGGCGGACCUGGAACAUCAUCGCCGGGGUUAAACGGUCUGCCUCACGGUGCCGGGCAGCCUCAGACACAAUUCUUCAAUCCUGGAGUGCAGCAGCCACAGCCAUUUUCGCCGGUUCCAGGUCCGAUUCCACAAGCUGCGAACCCAGCAAUGGGUGCGACACCUCAACCAGGCUUCCAUGGUGGUGGCACGGGGGGUGUCUCUGCUCAGGGCAAAGUUGAUCCUGAGCAGAUACCCAGCAUUCCAAGGUCUCGAGAUAUACCGGCACAGUAUUACGCUCAACAUGUAUACCCGACGAUGGAACAACAUAUCCCACCUCCUGCUGCAGUUCCAUUUGUGGCUCACGAUCAAGGCAACUCAUCCCCGAAAUAUGCGCGCCUUACGCUGAACAGCAUCCCCUCUACCUCAGACUUCCUUUCCUCUACCGCUUUGCCUCUGGGCUUGAUCCUGCAGCCGCUCGCACGCUUAGACCCUGGCGAGCAACCUAUACCGGUGCUAGACUUUGGAGACUCUGGUCCUCCACGAUGUCGGAGGUGCAGAACUUACAUAAACCCGUUCAUGACCUUUGGAUCCGGAGGUAACAAGUUCGUUUGCAACAUGUGCACGUUCCCCAACGAGGUCCCGCUCGAUUAUUAUGCGCCACUUGAUCCUUCUGGAGUCCGCGUUGACCGUCUCCAGCGCCCAGAGUUAAUGAUGGGAACGGUCGAGUUUAUGGUGCCUAAGGAAUAUUGGUCGAAAGAGCCGGUCGGUCUUCAAUGGCUGUUCAUAAUCGAUGUCAGCCAGGAAUCCGUGAAAAGAGGAUUCCUUAAGGGUGUCUGUGAGGGUAUCAUGGAGGCCCUCUACGGCGGGGACGAUGAGCCCGCCGAGGAGGGAGCGGACGAAGCUGCGAAGAGAAAAGUUCCUCCAGGGUCGAAAGUCGGGAUCAUUACGUUCGAUAGGGAAAUCCACUUCUAUAACCUCAGCCCACAGCUAGAUCAGGCGCAGAUGAUGGUCAUGACUGACCUAGAAGAGCCUUUCGUUCCUUUGAGCGAAGGCCUUUUCGUUGAUCCUUAUGAAUCAAAGGAUGUCAUUUCGUCUCUCCUGGGACAGAUACCGUCGCUCUUUUCCAAGAUCAAGAAUCCCGAGCCUGCUCUACUUCCUGCAAUCAACGCUGCUCUAUCGGCCUUGCAGUCCACUGGUGGCAAGGUAGUAUGUGCCAUCUCCAGCUUGCCGACUUGGGGUCCAGGAAGACUGGUCAUGAGGGAAGAUCCAAAAGCCCACGGGACGGAGAAUGAGAGAAAGCUAUUCGCAACAGAGCAGCCUGGGUGGAAAAAGACUGCCACAAAACUUGCAGAGAGUGGUAUCGGCGUUGACUUCUUCAUUGCCGCUCCUGGAGGCGCCUACAUGGAUGUUGCAACUAUUGGCCAUGUCGCUGCGGUCACUGGUGGCGAAACGUUCUUUUAUCCCAACUUCCUUGCGCCAAGGGAUGUUCGGAAGCUCUCGAAGGAGAUCGUCCAUACCGUCAACCGCGAAACAGGUUACCAGGCGUUGAUGAAGGUCCGCUGCUCGAACGGCCUCCAAGUCUCUUCGUAUCACGGAAACUUCUUGCAACACACCUUCGGUGCGGAUCUUGAAAUCGGUUCAAUUGACGCGGACAAGGCACUGGGUGUCCUCUUCAGCUAUGAUGGAAAGCUGGAUGCGAAACUCGAUGCUCACUUCCAAGCCGCUUUACUGUACACCACAGCCAGUGGCCAACGCCGUGUACGGUGUAUAAACAUUGUGGCUGCCGUUAACGAGCGAGGAAUGGACACAAUGAAAGCCAUCGACCAAGAUGCAGUCGUGGCUAUCAUUGCCAAGGAAGCGGCCUCGAAGACGCUAGACAAGUCCUUGAAGGACAUCCGAGCUAGCAUCACGGAGAAGACGGUCGACAUAUUCAGCUGUUACCGCAAGAAUUUCUCCGGUUCACAUCCUCCCGGCCAACUUGUACUGCCUGAAAAUCUCAAGGAGUUCUCGAUGUACAUGCUGUGUCUGCUCAAAUCCCGGGCUUUCAAAGGCGGCCACGAAACCUCGGACCGUCGUACUCACGACAUGCGUAUGCUUCGCUCCAUCGGCUGUACCGAGAUGUCUCUCUAUCUCUAUCCUCGCGUGGUCCCGAUUCACAACCUGAGUCCAGAGGACGGUUUCCCCAAUGAGGCUGGUCAAUUACAGGUCCCACCGUCACUACGAGCUAGUUUCUCCAAGGUCGAAGAGGGAGGCGCCUACCUUGUUGACAAUGGUCAAAUCUGCCUGCUUUGGCUGCAUGCACAGGUAUCGCCCAACCUGCUAGAAGAUCUAUUUGGCCCAGAGCACAACUCAUUACAGUCUCUCAAUCCCCACCUGUCUUCCCUUCCCGUACUCGAGACGCACCUCAAUGCGCAGGUCCGCAACCUAUUGCAGUACUUCUCUACUAUCCGUGGCUCGAAGGCGGUCACAAUUCAGCUCGCCCGUCAAGGCAUGGACGGCGCGGAGUAUGAGUUUGCUCGUCUCCUGGUGGAAGACCGGAACAACGAGGCCCAAAGCUACGUUGAUUGGUUGGUGCACAUUCAUCGCCAAAUCAACCUCGAGCUAGCUGGUCACCGCAAGAGGGAAGAUAGCGCUACUGGGGAUGGAGCUCUGUCGAGUCUGACAGGGCUGCGGCCGGCUUACUGGUAGUGAUGGUUGAGUUAGAGAGUGCAUGAAA